AAAUACAUUUUCCUGUUUCUUUUUUCUUUUUAACUAUCAAAUCAGAAAUCAGCGGCUCGUUUACAGAAUGUCCCUCAAACCAAGUGAAUUUAAUUGUAUAUAUUAAUUUGUAUUAAAGAUGAUACCAUGCUGGAUAGGAUGGAAAACGCAUCAGAGUUUUGACCCUGUGGGCGGAGCCACGUCUGGCUGAGCUCGCUCAAGUGUGCGUAUGAAUGAUAUCAUAUAAGAGGAUGCAAUUCAUUACUUUCACCAAUAACACGAAAAAUUAAGAUUUUAUUUUUCCGUAUACUUAUUUUGCUAUGAAUUGGUGAAUAUAUUCAUCUGUAAUGUGCGGUUUGAAGGCACGGGGCUAUGUAUAAUCGUUAUUUGAACUCUGGCACGCGGCCCAUCGUUGCGCUGUCGUGCGCGCUCCCGUGUCUAGGCUGGCUGCGCGCACACGCAGUGUGAGUAGUAGAGGGGUCGCUCUCAUCCAGCCGGGUGGGACCACUCACUGUCUGCUGAAGGGCUAUGGAUGCGAGGCGGCUGUCUGGUAAUGGUAAUAUAAUUAGGACACAUUUAAUUUCUCUUUCUUGAACAGUUGUUUUUUCAAUCAGGUGAUGAGUUUAUAAAAGAUAUUAAACAGACCCGGUGUCCGUUUCUAACAGUCUAUUGUGCGCGCGCUUACCUUGUUCAUCAUUUCAGAAGCGAUGGAGGCCGGUGGAGGAGGCGAGCAGGGAGAGGCUCACAGAGUCAAGACUGAGUGCCUGAGACUGACUGAAGAGAGAGACGAAGCUGAAAGACAGCUUAAGCAUAUUAAGAGAGUUUCCCAAAUGGUAAUUGAGGAGGUGAACGUGCUGCAGACUCAGCUUGAGAUUGAGAAGUCCUGUCGGGAAAAUGCUGAAGCACUGGCCACAAAGCUGAACUGUGAGAACAAGAAGCUAAAGUAUCUGAGCCUGUCGUCUCGACCGUGUCUGGAUGAGCUCCUGCCCAGCAUAUCAGAUUGCAUCUCUCUGGAGGAGGAGGGCGAUCCACAGGAGCACAGCCCAGACCCCUACACUCAGUACCAACAGCAGGUCAAAGAUCUUCAGGAAACAGUCAACACUUUACUGGAGGAAAAAAAGCAGUUAGUCUGUCAGUUACAGGAGCAGAAAAGACAAAUCGAGGAGUUGACAGCCCUUACUGUAAAAGAGCAAGCAGAGAUGAAGGAGUUUUACAAGACCAUUGAGCAGCAAAGCAAGACCAUCAAGAGAUUCAACAGAGUGUCCAUGAUGGCUGCUAAUGAAUAUGAAGGACUGAAGGAACAGUUGGAUCUGGAGCAGAGCCUGAGGGAGAAGGCAGAGACCUAUGCACAUGAGAUGUUGGUGAAGCAAAAAGAAGCUAACAGGCAGAGCAUGAUUCUCCUGCAGCAGGCAGAUCCCAGUGUUCAGCUGCUCAAAGCACUGGAGGAUGUAGCAAAUGUAACCAAAACACUGGAGCAGGAACGUCUGCAGCACCAAGAAAAGCUGAAGGCUUUGGAGGUUGAGCUGGAUCAGAGUGCCUUGCGAAAGCAGCUAGAACAGCUGCAGAAACAGCUGGAGUUACUAGAUGAGGAAAAAAAAGACACAGAAGAACGUCUCCAGCAGGAGGUGAAAAAGUGUGGUGACUUGGAGAGCAGAGUGAAAGAGCUACAGGAGUCUCAGAGGAAAAGGGAAUUAUCGCCAGCUCCAUCUCCUGGGACUGCACCUCCCCCUGCUCCUCCUCCUCAGCCCCCUCCACCUCCACCUCCUCCUCCUCCCCCUCCCCCACCACCACCUCCCUCCCGCUGCAACCCCCUCAGCUCCCUCAUCGCAAUCAUGAGGAAAUCUUCCAAGACAGGAAAAGGCUCUCCAAAAUUAGAGCAGGCUCCAGUGCCAGAAGCUGCGGAUGAUGUCAAAGUAAAGGCUGUGAAUGAAAUGAUGGAAAGGAUCAAACAUGGGGUGGUUCUCAGACCUGUGAAAGGACAGGACACAAAGGUGAUGCUCAGUCUAAGUCCAGCUAGUGAGGAGAAGCACCAGGAGAGUGCUAUGGAGGAGCUAAAAGGCAUCCUGGAUGCAGUGAAAAAGAGUCCCAGUCGUGGCUUCCAGGAGACAUUGCCUGUUAAGAAGGACAGUGAACUGGAAGUGAUUCUCAGGAGGAGACGCAAGCAGGCCUGUGAACCAGCUUCAGCAGAUGAGGUGGAAGGUCAGAUCAGCAAAGUGUCUUCAUUUGAUAGUCUGAAUGGCCGGCACAGUUCAGACUCGGGAAAAGACACGGACAGGCCGAGCAGCAGCUCUCUCUCAGGGAGUGAUUCCAGCCCCAGGAGCAGUGCUGAUUUGGGAACAGAACCAAAUGGAAGCAAGCAAAAUGCUGCUGUGUGUACAUCUCUCUCAGAGAAAGAGCACUCUGAAUUGGUCAUCAGUGGUUCUUCUGCACGAGAGCUUAAGCAUGAAGAGCAGGAGAAAAGUAAACAGCACAGUGGCCUUAGCCACCCAGCGCAGCACGAGGACCCACAGGUGAUUAUCGGCUCCUCAGCAGACAGUACCAACACAGCAAACAGCAGCAUGGAUGCUGAGUGUUAACAGCAACAAACGGCACUAGCAGGACAGCUACAACAUUUGCACAGCAUCUUUUUUUUCUUCAAUUUAUUUAUUCCAAAGUCCAGAAAUGUUCUUCAGUUCUAGUUACUUACUGUCCACUUUUGGAAUGCAGCAGUAUUUACUUUUUCUUUAUAAAUGUAUUUUGACACUUAAAAGGGAACAGGCUCAAUUAUAAUAUUAUAUAAUAUCCUAUGAUAAUUAUAUUUACAAACUAAGCAUAGCCACAAUGAGUACAAUGAACAACAAUAUUUUAAAAGCAACAUAUGAUUUGCAUUCCUAACCAGU